UGCAACUGUAAACACGGUAAGAACCCUAACGCUUUCAAAAACUAAACAAAUGCCGUUUUCUAUCGUUAGGGAGAGUUAAAAGUCGAUCGUUUACUGUAUUCACUUUAUUUAUAAACAACCACAAGUCGCCGCGAACUCAAUCAAAUUGCUUGAUUAUACGAAAGAAGGAACGGCAAAAAUGUCUAUAAAAACGAAAGAAAUAAAAGAAACAUUAAUAUGCGUGGAAGAACAAGUAAAUAAAUUGAGAAAUCUAAUAAGAUGUAACUCUUUAUGUACGAAUGAUACAUCACGAACAGAAUCCACUCUGUUUGAACGAUUAGAAGUAUUAGGAGAAAACUUUGAUGCUUUAUCAAAAGAGGAUAUUACUGAUUACGAAGAAAUGGAAUCAAGGAUUGUCAGUAUAGUAGAAGAAUUUUGCUCCCUUGAAUAUAAGAAUGAAGCGGGUGAAAAUACAAAUAAACAAAUCACAGAACAACUUCUGACCACUGUACUCGACAAAUUUAAACUAGCACUCGAAAGUCUGGAAAAACUAGAAUGUUUGCCAUUGAGACAAAGAUUAUCCGAUUGUUUGGAUUAUGUUAAUGAAAUGGGUCAAGCGAAUGAAAUAGAACAUUUUCAAAAUAUCAAGGAGUUAGGAACAUCCAUUUUGGAAUUACUUGGGCCAUUACAAAUAUACAGGAGAAGUUUGGUGUCUUGUGUGCUCUCUGAGAAGAUUCUAUUGUAUUCUUGUCAAUUAUGCAUAGCAUUUAAAUUGUUAGUUCAAUUGGUGCAAGAACAGCAUCAACUAAAUGCAGUAAUCUAUAAUUGUAAGAAGUAUGUCUGUGAAAGAGUCUGCUUUUGCUUGAAGAUGGUAAUAGAGGUAAUAGAUACACCGGAUUCAUUGCAAGAACAUGAGAUAGUGGAAAGAGAAAAUCAUUUCAUUUACAAAAUGGACUUGGCUUUGGAUAUUUUGGCAGAAAUGCCGAACAAAUCUCAAGAGGAACAAAUAGAGGAAUGCAGAGAGCUAUGGCUCCAAAUCGAAGAUGUGUUCUCGCACGCGAUGGCAAUCGCACAAGUGUGCAAGCCUUGCAACUUCAAAGCAAUCACUGGAACCUGCCAUUCCAUCAUAUUGGAAUAUGAGAAUUUAAAGUUUCAGCUAACGUCCGAAUCGUCUGACUCUGCAUUGAACAAUUUGUUUAUGAAUAGUUUAAACGAUGCACUUUACCGAUUGGAACGCAAGAUUAACAUAUCGGUACUGAAUCUUGUAAUGGAGGUUCUUAGCGAUCCUCUUAAUGCUUUAAAGAAGCUUGUUACAAUCUGUGGCAAUUCGUUGACUGCUAAAAAACGAUACAAAAGCGACUUGGCUGACGCGGUUGAAGAUUUUGAUCAGGUUAUAGACAAGUCGAUGCAAAUAGGACUCUUCGCUAUUGCGUCUUGCAACGAUAGAAAUCGAAUCAAUCAGAUUCGAAAUUGUUUAGCGAGUUUCGAAUCAUUGGAGACAGAACUGAUUUCCUCGAUUACAACAUUCUACCUGCAUCCGGAAAGCAAAGAAAUGCGAGCAAAUGUGAAACUGUUGACCGGUCAGUGGCAAUUAGAAGUGAUGAAGCUGCAAGAUGCGUUAAAUCUGGUUAUGGAUUCAGCAGCAUAUUGCGAGGUAGUUUUAGAUGAUCUUCAGGAACGUAUUUCGAUAAUGUCCAAUUGCCUUGAUAACAGAGAACCAGUCACUCAAACGCAAGUACAAAAUGUUGUGCUUAGAUCUUUGUCACUAUCUCGUCAGAUUAGUAAAACCAUAAACGAUAUUGGAAACGACAUAGUUGAACGGCAAACGAUAAUGAUGACCAGGGAAUUAAAAGCUGCGAUAUUCGAAGCCGAUGCCGCCUCAAAGAGUCUUCUAACGGACAGUGCCACGGAACCACAACAGUUGCGUGUAAUAAAACGAUGUGAACUAAUUUUGAACGUUGUGAAAAGAUUGCGACCUGCUUUAGUUUCCAUAAUGAAUAAUACAUCGUUGGUAAAUACAAAUUGCGGAAAAAGUGGGAAAGGCCAAGGUGAUAAUGUUCACGAUAUAAGCGGCAGAUUAUUGUCUACAAUUCACGGAUCGACUUAUGAUCAUCAGCAGAAACCUUUGACGUACAUAAGGACUCCAUACACAGUGAGCAAUUACAAAGCACCGUUAUCGAUACAGUCGGCGAAUAGCGUUUGUAGGACGCAGUUGAAUCUAUCGUGUUUAAUACCCUAUAUUAAGAAGGGACGUGAAAUGCGAACGGAACGUUCGGUCAUGUAUAAAACGCCAUGUAGGGAUGAUUCCAUUGAUCAGUCGUUGAGAAACUGUAAAUCAAAAACCAGAAAUCUGUCUAACAUUAGACAACACCUUUUUAGUAGAGACAAUAUUAGUAGUAGCGAUGAUAUGUGUUUCUCUGAAGAAAGUAUCAACUUAACAGGUAUUCUAGAAAAGUUUGUAACUUCAUGCGCAACUUUAAAUUCGAAUACAUCGAAAGCUUGUACCGAUAAACCGCAGAAUGACACGGCGGACACAUCGAGUAAAAAGUCAGUCAACAAUAUGACGGUACCGUUGAUGGCAUCUCUCGAUAACCAGUCCGGAAUAACAACUCGUAAAAUCGAUCAGUGUUCGUCGAUUGGCGGUGGAGAUGGGCCAUCGGUCGUAGAAGUGUCGAAAAAUUGUAACGACGUUCAAAGAUUGAACUACAGUACAGAAAUAACGCAAAACAGACUAUUUGGAGAUUAAACAGACUUUACUGGAAAGUAUUCGUACCUUUCCGGAAUUCAAGUUUCAGUGUAACCUUAAAAAUUUCUAUUGUUUGAAUAAAAUGCCUUAAGGGUUCCCCCUUCCCCCACACCCCCAAUAUAACUCCAAUACAGUUCACUUUUUAACGUUCUGUUAGUAAUCUUAAGACUUUAAGACCCGUAAAUAAACGACUUUUAAAAUUCCAA